CGGCUCUCGGCUGCAGGCAAAGCGGGAGAGGAGGCUGUUUCCGGUGGGAGCUUGAAUCCUGGUCUGGUCAAGCGGUGCUCAUCCCCACGCAAACCGUGAUGACCUCCCGGGAAACUUUGGGUGAACCCCCUCCGCUCCUGGGGACGUCGACAUACGCUGAGCGUCCUCCACGAGCACUUCCACCUGUGCCAAGUGCUAUCCAAGAUGAGAUUCCACUUAGUCACCCUAAGAAAAAGAAAUCCAGAACAAAGAGCACCCCAGCUCCUGCUUCUUCAGAAGGCCUUGCUGAGCCCGUUGUUAACAGGAGGGCUGAGGGCAGCGAGCCACCAGCUGCAGAACUCAAGGAGUACCCAGAGGCUCCUGUUCAAAGGAAACAGAAGAAGAUAAGACCACCUCCUGAGUCGGAGACUUCCUUCACUGAAAAGCCAUCCAGUCCGUCUUUACUACGGAAUGAAAACGGCAUGGACGUGGAGCCUCGUGAGGAAGCGGUUAUUCCAAAACCUCGAAGGAAGGCGAAGAAAACGCAGCCAGCGGAACCACAGUAUGCCAGCGAGCUAGGGGUAGAAGAUGAAGACGUAAUUACGGAUGAGCAGAGCACUCUAGAACACCACUCUAGGUUCACCGCACCCACCGGAGUUAGCCAGCCUGUUGGCAAAAUAUUUGUGGAAAAAAGCCGGAGAUUUCAGGCGGCGGACCGUUCGGAGUUGAUAAAGACCACAGAAAACAUAGAUGUGUCAAUGGACAUGAAGCCAACUUGGACUACCCGCGAUGUGGCACUUUCCGUGCACCGAGCUUUCAGGAUGAUCGGCCUCUUCUCUCACGGCUUCUUGGCUGGCUGUGCUGUGUGGAAUAUUGUUGUGAUCUGUGUUCUCGCGGGAGACCAGUUCUCUAAUGUCUCCAACCUUCUGCAGCAGUACAAGCCCUUGGCAUAUCCCUUCCAGAGCCUUCUUUACUUGCUUUUGGCUCUAAGUACAGUUUCAGCAUUUGACAGGAUCGACUUUGCUAAAACCUCAGUAGCAACCCGGAACUUUUUGGCCCUGGAGCCAACAGCUUUAGCCUCUUUCUUGUAUUUUACUGCUUUAACACUAUCUCUGAGUCAGCAAAUGACAAGUGACAGAAUCUACCUUUACGAACCUUCUGUCAAUGGAAGCCUCUGGCCAGCAGAAGUGGAGGAACCGGUUCUCAUGCCAUGGGUCAUAGUGAAUCUGGUGGUGGCGCUUCUGGUUGGAUUAGCCUGGCUCUUUUUGUCUUACAGGCCAGGCAUGGAUCUUAGUGAAGAGCUGAUGUUCUUCUCUGAUGUGGACGACUACCCCGAGAGAGGAAUCAAAGCGUCUCCGUAGCGCCGGCCGGCUCCGUCCCUGCAGUGACGGCCUGCGUUCCCCACUCCCGUUUUUAAGUGUAUUUUUAUAAGAUACAUGUAUUUAUAAUCGAGCUUUUGUUACAUAAUGCUGAAAUGCUACUGUAGAUUGUGAAAAAUGUUUAAAUUAUAUCUGGUCUUUAUACCAAACAUUAGGGUCUUUAUUAUUUUCACCUUAGUAACACAGGAGAUGAUGAGCUAAAACAAACAAACAAACAAACAAACAAAAAAACACGUUUGUUUCCUGUCCUUUCAAAUUUGCAAAAUUCAUGAUUAUUAUUAGCUAAAGAGCACCAAUUUAGAAAAGCCUUAACCUCAGUGUUAUAAAAUAUACACCAAGUUUAAAUGUAAAUUUAGUGGAUGGGGAAGAUGGGAAAAUGUCUUCAUUUUAUAUUUUUGAUGUCUUCUAUGGAACACGCUGCAGAAUGUGAUUCGUUGUCUCUGAAUCUGGCUAGUGUUAUAGCUCAUGUAAUAAUUAUUUGCCAUUUGAAUUGAAAGAUGCUUUAUAGCUAAUAAAACAGAAAUACCUAUCUUUGAGAAGCUUUAUAAACUGAAGAUUUUUCCUUUUUAAAAUCGGCACCAGUUAUUCUCCUGCUUGCCCCUCAGAAUCAUGUAGGGAGCUUUGGGAGAAUGGGUCACACCUCCUGUAACCUAGGGCGUGGGAGGCAGAAGCAGGGGAUCACGAGGUCAUUGCCACCCUCAGCUACUCAGCAAGUUUGAGUCCAGCCUGAGAGACUUGAGAGCCCAUUUCCGAAACCAAAAGCAGCAACAACAAAGUCAGACAGCAAGGAGAAGCUGGACCAAUAGCCAGCUCAGGCGUGUGAUCGGGGGCUGACCUCUGAGUCUCUGCUCUGACUUCGUACAGUUGAUGGGUUUCAAACCUGGGGUUUUAUUCUGGAAGGCAGGGACUCUACCACUGAGCCCCCUCCCCAGUCCUUCUGUUUCUGCUAGUUUGCUGAGAAAGGGUCUUGUGCUGUCUCUCGGACUGACCUUAAACUCUUGAUCCUCCUUCCCCAGCCUCUUGAAUGCUGCGAUCAAGGGGUUCUUCUUGUGAGUCACAGGAAACAUGAAUGGAAGGUCACCGUCCUCAUUUUCACUCUCUAUCGGAUAUCUCAGGUUUUUGGAAAAUUCCACUCUUGGGGUGGGUUCUGCAUAGAAAAAAAAAACGCUGCCCUAACACAUUUCAAAUGGUUCUUCAGCUGGUGUCUGUGAGCUUAAGUCCGACAGCUUAAGUCAGUGAGAAGACCUGCUAGAAGAGAAGGUGACUCAAAGGCUGUUGGACACAUCCCCGAAACUACUGGGCCUCCCACAUUAGCACACAACUGAAUGUUGUAUAGAAGAUGAUGGACGGAUUGUUAAGUGAGGUGUUCUUGUCUCUGCAGCACCAUAGUGAAACUGUCCUUUACUAUCUGUAAGGCCAGAGUUGCUGAACGGGUAUUUACCCGUGUUAUAGAAUAUUAAAUACAUGCAGUUCUGACAUUCCUGCCAGUUUUAGUCUUCACUGAUUAGCGGUGGUUCUCAUGUCGGCAGCAGCUGGAAGUGUAGGAGUUCAUAGUCUGUUUUGCAGCUUCUGCAGGGAUGCGCUGAAGUUGACCAUAUCUGAAUUGUGUCAUCAAGGAGAAAUGGGGAAAGGCGCUCUCAGUGUGGGGUUGUUUCUGACUGAGUCAUGGCCCUCUAAUUCCUGGAGUCCACGAUAAUAUGACUUUUCACAUCAAAAGUGGUUUUGCAGAUGUGAGUAGGGAUAAGAGCCCUGAAAUGGGGAGAGUAUCCUCCAUUGUGAGGUGGCUGAUGUUUUCUAAAGGAUUAAAGAAACCCUUUUAUAUUUCAUCAAAGAGCUGUUGGUCAAUUGUGAUAUUUCUGCUUAUAAAGGAGGAGGGUCCUUUAGUGACCCGAAAGGCUGGAAACAGACUCUUACCCAGUAGCCAACAGAGAUGGAAUUCAUGAAUUCUAUCAAGGACGAGCAAGGAAUCAGUCCUCCAGGAAGUGGUACCGUCCCUGUGGUACUUUGGUUUGGAUUCAGUUAUAUCUGUACCAGACUUGAAAUACAGACAGGUACAGCUUCGUAUUAGCCAAGUGGCUAGGUUUGCUCCAAAUGGCAUGGAGAAUGCAGCCUUGCACUGCGGCUGGAGGAAGCUGACUGUGUUAAUAACGUCUUAACUGACAGUGGGAGAGUGAUCUUUGAAUUCUGUCAGGUCUGAGAGGAUGACGGAAUCUACAAGUCCUUCACCACCACAACUCAACAGUGCACGUCAAAGAUUCUUUUGACCGUGAUUAGGAAAGUUCUUUACAAGAGCCCCAUUGGUUAAUUCAUGGCCAAUUGCUACGAUGAGAAUAUCAGACCUGUCAAAUUGGAAUUUUUGAGGAUGAAGCCUAGGUUUAUGGGAGCAGCGGGAAGAGAGGACGAGGCUCUUAAUCUACUUAGAUCUGGGAAUGGAAGGACCUAGAAAAGGUUUGUAGGUGAAGUUAGAUGUAAGCAGAGGCUUUAUAAAAUGGAUCAUUUCCUUGUAGAGAUGAGUACCAAAAAGCCAGAAAGGUGAAUGAGCUUAGAACUUGAAAAAACCUUUCAUUUUCAUAGUCAUCAUCAUCAGUGUGUAUAAAUGAUAGGGAAGGGUUUUGUGCCACAGACUCAAUAUGGAGGUCAAAGGACAACUCUGUGCGGUUGGUUCUCUCCUUCAUCAUUUAUAUGGGUUCUGGGUAUCAAACUUGGGUCGUCAGACUCGUGCAAGGAUGUUUGUCUGCUGAACCAGCUCACCAGUUCAGCUCGAUUUAAAAAAAUUUAAAAAAAUAAAAAAAGCUUUAUUUUUAUUUACGUGAAUGUGUGUCCACGCCACAUGCAUGUGGGUGCCUCUGCAGGCUAGAAGUGUUAGACUCCCAGAACUACAAGACGUGGUCAGCUGUCCAGGGUGGGUACUGAGUGCUGAACUUGUCCUCUGAGACAGCUGCAGGGGCUCUCGACCAAGUCCCAGCCUCCUCACUGGAGCUUUGGAGAUUUUUUAAAAACACAGGGUUGUGAGAUAUCAGGUUAGGCUUAAUGUUAAACUUUUGAAUGCCCCCAACUCUUUUUCUUUCAAAAUCUUUUCAAGGGAAAUUUAUUCUAAGUCUUGGGGGGCAUAUCUCUAGGAAUGCACAGUAAGUAUCAUUAAAGCAACUAGAAAAAAUAAUUCCACAAUAUUUAAGAUCCAGUUCAUUUUUAGAAUUUUUCUAGUUGUCCCUCAGAUGAAAUUUGAGAGACCAAAUCUACUUCAUCUUGGGACUGGCCUCCAUCUUAAAAAAAAAAAAAUCAAAAACAAAACAAAAACAGUCUGAGAACUUGACCUACAGCUGAAUCCAAGGUGCACCCAAGUACUAGGAAGGACCCUGGGGUUUGUCCUUGCCCAUAGCCCAGAGUUACUCCCUAGAUCCUCCCUAGCAACAGUUAGUUAAGAUCAGUCUGAUUGUUUCAGAUGUACCUUCAGACUGUUUGUGAUUGUAUAUGGUUUUGCUUCAGAGCCUGUCGGCUUACAGUCAUUCUAUUACUUGCUUGCCAGACUGGACAACCCCUCACUUGCUCCUACUUUCCUAUAAAAACUUAUCCUGUUGAGGGUUCAGGGCUGCUCUGCCUUCCCUUCCCAUCCUGCUGUGUCAGGGUUGGGUUGUAGGAGAGCCCAAGCCUGAGCUUGUAAUAAAGAGACCCUAAUGCUAUUACAUCA